AUGAUGCACGUCCCCGCAGGAUUACUCACCCUCGCCUGCCUCGUCGCCGCCGUAUCGGCGCAUACGACUGUAUACGGCCUCUGGGUCAAUGGCGCGUUCCAGGGUGAUGGAAGGAACUUAUACAUCCGCUCGCCACCGAACAACAACCCAGUGAAGGACCUCUCGUCGAACGCCAUGGCCUGCAACGUCAACAAUAGAGUCGUACCGAACACGGUGUCCGUGCAGCAAGGCGACUUGGUGACGUUCGAAUGGUACCACGACACCCGUGACGACGAUAUAAUCGCAUCCUCCCACAAAGGGCCCGUCCAAGUCUACAUCGCCCCGACCUCCUCCAACGGCGCCGGCCCAGUAUGGACGAAGCUCUUCUCUGAUUCAUACGAAAACGGACUAUGGGCGGUCGACAAGCUCAUCCUCGCGCACGGCCAGCACAGCGUCACAAUCCCCGACAUCCCCGCUGGCGACUACCUCCUUCGCGCCGAAAUCGCAGCGCUGCACGAAGCUAACGUCGCAUACACCUCGAACCCCAUCCGUGGGGUGCAGAUGUACAUGUCCUGUUCGCAAAUCCGCGUCACAUCAAACGGCACCGAAGUGCCCCCCGGGGGCACGAGCUUCCCCGGGACGUACACUUCGUCGACGCCUGGCAUCGUAUGGAACCUCUACGACCCCUUCGGCAAUCCCGCCGCGUACCAGGCUCCUGGGCCCGCUGUGUGGGACGGUGCGGAUGGAGGCUCCAUUGCUCAAGUGGGGAGUGCGUAG